AUGUCUACUGCUCAAAAUUCGUCGGUUUCGAUGUCUCAAUCGCAAUCAACAGCGAAGAAUAGAAAGUAUUCUUUCCAAAUGCCGACAACUUCUACUUAUUUGGGCCGUUCGUACGUGGGAUCCUUUAUCUCUCCUCCCAUGGAAUAUAGGAGCAAUAGCAAUACUACCUCAAAUAAUAACAAUAAUAGUAACGUUGGCGAUCCCUUUAAAUCGCCGUUUUCUAGUGAGGGUUCGAAAUUAAUACAUGAAUCGGGCAAUUUGCAUAAACAAACAGCUUUCCUUUCUAAUACUUUCGAUAACGAUGCUGGAAACGAUGAAGGGGCUGGAUUCCCCUUGGAUGGAAAUGAUGAUGAGUUCAAUUUGGAGCAGAAUGAUAUCGAUAUGAUUGUGGAAGAAGAUCAAAUGUUACAGAAUAGCCAACGUAGAAGGGGCCGUAUGUCAGUGGACGCAGCUGCAGAUAUCGAAGCAGAUGCACACUUGAUGGAUCUAGAGGAUAUGGCGUUGAAAAGGGCCGAUGACGUUGGAAUAUUUUCGACAAGUUUUCCUGGAAAGGACGAUUCAUCCUUUCUGGAUGUCUCCGAUUCUACUGAGAAUUUGGCAUUGUUGCCUACAAAUUCGCAUAACUCUAUGUACGUAGAAUAUGGAACUUUCGAUGAAGAGAAUCAACCUGCCACUCAAUACAUAUCCUUGUUACCCGAUGGAGCAAGUUCUGGUGGUUUCACUUCGCAAGGAUUCCGUUCUAGUAUGUCGCACUAUGAUAAAGCUCGUGAUUUGAUGUUGAGGAUAUUCCAGUACACUCCUGCUGUUGGGCUUGGUUUGUUGUUGAACAUUUUGGACGCUUUGUCAUAUGGUAUGAUCAUCUUCCCAAUCACAGAACCAUUGUUUUCGCAUCUUGGACCUACUGGCUUAUCGAUGUUUUAUGUAUCAACGGUAAUUUGUCAGCUGUGCUUCUCCCUUGGAUUGUCGUCCUUCCCAUCAGCGAUUGGCUCUGAAAUGAUUGAAAUCACACCAUUCUUCCAUACAAUGGCUCUUUCAAUCAUGAAUUCUAUUCCCGAAGGCAACGACAACAAAGUAAUUUCGACCACCAUCGUAUGUUACGCAUUAAGUUCCAUAAUUACAGGCCUUACCUUCUUUUUACUAGGUAAAAUGAGAUUAGGAAAAAUCGUCGGAUUCUUCCCGCGCCAUAUCUUAAUCGGUUGUAUCGGAGGUGUGGGUUAUUUCCUUAUUAUCACUGGUUUAGAGGUGUGUACCAGGGUACCAGAAUUCAAAUACUCAUGGCAAUUUUUAUCUUCAUUGUUCACUGACUUUGAUAUUUUACUAAAAUGGCUGACUCCUGUGAUCCUCACUCUAAUAUUGAUAUCAGUACAAUCCAGAAUUCACAACUCUCUGGUGUUACCAUCAUUUUACAUUAUCACGCUACUGCUGUUCCAUUUCGUUGUUGCUUUGGUACCCAGCCUUUCUUUAGAUAAGCUACGUGAUUUUGGAUGGAUCUUUGCCAAGGUAAAUGCCAAAGAAAAUUGGUACGAUUUUUACAAACUUUACGAUUUUAAAAAUGUCCAGUGGAGUUUGAUCCCAAAACAAGUACCAACAAUGUUGGCCCUUACCUUUUUCGGUAUCCUCCAUGUGCCUAUCAACGUCCCUGCUCUUGCAAUGUCCUUGAAUGUUGACAAGUACGAUGUUGACAAAGAAUUGAUUGCUCAUGGCUAUUCGAACUUGAUCUCUGGGUUUUUGGGAUCGAUACAAAAUUAUUUGGUUUACACCAAUUCCGUGCUUUUCAUUAGAGCUGGUGCGGAUUCACCAAUUGCAGGAAUAAUGCUAACCAUCGGAACUUUUAUCGUAAUGGUAAUUGGGCCUGUUAUCAUUUCGUUCAUACCGAUUUGUAUUGUGGGGUCUUUGAUUUUCUUACUAGGUUACGAAUUGAUUCAAGAAGCCGUAAUAGACACUUGGGGAAAACUCCAGCCUUUCGAAUACUUGACAAUAUGGAUAAUUGUUAUUACAAUGGGUGUAGUCGAUUUUGUCAUUGGUAUCAUUGUUGGUAUUCUUUUAGCAUGUUUCUCAUUUUUGGUAAACUCUACACAAUUGCAAACCAUUAACGGUGAGUAUGAUGGUAAAGUUGCCAAGUCUACGGUUUACCGUGAUUAUAUUCAAUCCAAAUUCUUAAGGAAUAUUGGUGAACAGAUUUACGUGUUGAAACUUCAGAAUAUUCUAUUUUUUGGUACCAUAAUAUCUAUUGAAGAAAAAGUGAACAGUCUACUAGAGAUAUGCGAAUCUGAUUCCUCGAAAAAGAGAAUCAAAUACUUGAUUCUCGAUUUCAAAAAUAUCAGAGCGAAGAGCAUCGAUUAUAGUGCUGCAGAAGGUUUCAACAGAAUUAAAAGAUUCCUUGAAAAGGAGAGGAUCCAUUUAAUCAUCAGUUCCAUAGACAAAGAAGACCAAAUAUACCUUGCAUUUGAUAAAGUUCGCUUAUUUGAAAAUGUUGAGCUAUUUUCCGAUUUGAAUGGUGCCCUUGAAUGGUGUGAAAACGAGUUCCUCAUGAGAUACAAGCGUAUUAGAACUAAAACUAGAGCCAGAAAGCUAGCACAGUUGAAGAAAUCCCAAAACAGAAUGAGCAAACUUCCUGUAAACACACCGCGGAAUCAUCAGUUUGUUUCUGAAGUGAGGAAUAUCUAUACGGAAGAGAUGGAAAUUCAAAAGCUAAGUAACGAGCUCAAAGAGCGUCAACAAUUCUUACCUAUUUUCUUAAUGUCUAUCAGGAAAUUCAGAAAUGCUAUCCAAUCUCCAAAUGAAUUGAAAAGAACAAAUGAGCUUGAUCUUUGGAAACGACUAAUAUCCUAUUUCCAACAGAAAAAAUUCCCACCAAACACUGAAAUCAGACACAGAAACAACAUGUUUAUCGUUGUGGAGUCCGGUGUUCUAAACCUAACUCAUCAUCUCAUUCAAGGCGAAUUCUAUGAAACAAUGUCGCCAAAAACAGCAUAUGGCGUUAUAAGCAACGUGAACAGCGAUCCUCUGGCAGUAUCAAUUACAACUGACACCGAAUGUGUUCUUAGAUACAUAGAUGCUGAAUCACUUGCCGACUUGAAAUUAACCGACCCCGAAUUGUUCACAGAGUUACUUAUUCUCGUAAUGGCGAUUCACAGAGAUCGCUUCCGUGAACUUCUUGGUUAUUCCUUAAUCAGCAUGUGA